GCCACAUGACGGAUCCAUGACUGUCAAUCAUCAUAAACAACCCCGGCGAGCCACGCGACCGACCACCGACGAUGUCAAUGGAGCGCUAUGGCACCAAGAUAUGAAGUCAAGACAUGGAGCCAGUUGGCGCUCGCGAUCGUCUUGACCGUCACCGAUGUUUUGCACACUUGGAUCUGCAAUUUCAUAGCUUGGUCCCGCCGCAAGCCCGUGAAAGAAGAAAUGCUCGAAAGACUCGCCUCUGCUACGGACUAUGACGAGUGGCUCAAGGCGGCUCAGGCUCUGGACCUCCUUCCCGCCGCUCACAGUUGGCGUCUCAACCCUGUCGAUUCUCAAUAUGACUUCCGUCUAAUUGACGAGCGCAGAAGAAAGCUUUAUGCCUUGCGCAAAACUGAUGAUAUACCUGAGUUGACAUCGUACUUGCGACAUGGCUUAUUCCGGAACAUGUACGGUAUCACGAAACUGGGGCUUUACGACAAGACUUAUUCCUGCACGAAGGAAAGUAUUCACAUGUGCUUGGAUGUGACCGUGGACAGCAUUCAUUCGAUUGCUGAUUCAGCCACUGCUGAGACUAGGCAAGAAGGACGACUGAGCGCACAAGAAUGGAUAGAUAACAUACACGAUGCAAAGCAAACCUUCGGACAGACUGCACUCAUGUUGCAGGGAGGAUCAAUUUUCGGCCUCUGUCAUUUGGGAGUAGUAAAAGCUUUGCUACAUGAAGAUUGUCUACCCAGAGUCAUUGUGGGCACAGCCACUGGUGCGCUCAUGGCCGCUCUGGUCGGCAUUCACACCCGAGAGGACUUGCCCAAAUUUCUGUCAGGGGAAAGGAUCGAUCUGAGUGCAUUUGCAGCUUCUUCCCUUGAGGCCAAGAAGCGAAAUGCAGAAGAGUUGGAUCUGGUCGGUCGGGAGGCACCAUCUAGCAUACUUCCAGAUUGGUUCACUAUCCUGGGGCGGCGGCUUCAACGACUUGCAGCGGAGGGUUUUCUGCUGGACCCAGACGUCCUUAAUGAGUGCGUCGAGGCCAAUGUCGGUGACAUCACUUUCGAGGAAGCAUACAACCGCACUGGUUGCAUUCUCAACAUUGUGGUAUCGCCACCCACCGAUGAGAUACCAAGUUUGAUGAACUACCUCACUGCGCCCAAUGUGCUCAUUCGGUCUGCGGCCAUGAUCUCACAUAACACAAACAUGGAUCCCGAGAAGCGUCGUUCGCGCGUCCAUCUCCUGUCCAAAAAUGCGAAGGGUACAAUUGAAAGCAGACCUAUAUAUCUGCCAGCACAGCCAAGCAUUUCUUACGAACAGCCAAAUGAAUCCGAACAUCCGACACGCAGACUACGACAGCAAUUCAACGUGGAGCACUUUAUUAUCAGCCAAGCGCGUCCCUAUCUCGCCCCCUUUGUACGGCCAUCUUUGCCAUACGUUCGCGGAACAAGCAGGAGCUGGAUACCAUACAUCUUGUCGGGACUCUUGAAGCACUCACUCCAGCUCGCUGACACAUUCAAUCUCCUUCCGUCAAACAUCAGCCGUAUUUUAAGCGAUGAGAAGAUACAAGGUGACAAGUUCACAUUAGUGCCAGAGCUCUCAGUUACAGACUGGACGCGACUUCUCAAGAAUCCAUCAAAAGAAGAAAUGGAUUUCUGGAUCCUGAAAGGCGAACGAUGCGUCUGGCCAAGCUUGUGUGCGUUGAAGGCCAGGAUGGCCGUGGAGAUGGCGCUCGAUUAUGCAUGGACAGAGGUGGAGUUGAAGAAAUCGGGAAAGCCUAGCUCAAGCAAGAGGAAUCCGGUCGACAAGCAGAGCUUGGUCGCACUACCUCCACAGCCGGUGUACAGAGCUGAUGAAGAUGGCGAUUGGCAAAGUCGGAAAAGGAAGACAUCAGCAGAUCAAAAUGCAUGAUAGUGCUGUGAUCGAUGCAAAAUGCGGAAACAGAAAUGGAAGCAUUCCUCGAUUCUGCCCUCCGACGGAAGCGACCAACAGCGACGAGACCAGCGACUGUUAGUCAUUUUUCUAAUUAUAUCAGCCAUCUCCGGUUGCGCUUGGGUGGUAUGCUUGCAUCCGGUCUAUGCUUGUGUACAGUUCCAAGCAUGCAUUCGUGGAACGCAGGGAUAUAAGCUCGAGACUGACUAAAGAAGUUAUUAGUUGCUUAGGCUCCAUAUCGACGUAGACGACCUCUCAGGGCUGUUCUUCCACCAACCGAAGUCUGGCGAUCAAGGCAAGAAUGCUUUUAGAUCGUCUGCUUACAAAAGAAGCACAUGCUCAGAAAUCGACAUAUCCCCUGCGAUCCGUUCCCC